AUGUUUCUCUCCAUUGGAUUAAUCGUCACUCAUUUCGUGACAUUCAGUGUUUCCCAGACACCUCCUGAAUAUGUUAAACAGUGCUCCAGAAGUGAUCCGCAAUUGAAAUCAUGUUUAAUCGAUGCUCUUCAUCAUUUGAGACCUUAUCUCAAGGAUGGAAUACCGGAAAUUGAAUUACCAUCGGUGGAACCGUUUAAGAUGGAUGAGCUGACAUUGUCCCUAACAGGUGGCAUAAACGGUUAUCGAGUGCAAUUGCGAGAGCUUUUUGUUAAAGGCGCCAGUAACUUCACAGUCAUGGACAUAAAGCUUGGUUCACCGUUUGAAGCGAUUGUUACAAUGCCAGUGCUGGCAUUGAAUGCCAAUUACCAGAGUUCUGGGGUAUUAAUUAUCCUUCCUGCAAGUAGCAACGGCACAUUUCACGCCAGAUUCGAUUACGUUGAGGCCCUAGUCAGGGGCACGUUGUCCACAUCCAUCAAGGAUGAGAAAACCUAUCUCCAUGUUGAGGAACUUGAUGUGCAGCUACGCGUUAAGGACGUAUUCAUGCGCGUCAGGAAAGACUCCACUCGUAAUCGCAUAAUUAGUGAAGCAACGAAUUUAUUCCUCCGUGAAAAUGGUCAGGAAGUGCUGAAAAUCAUGGAGCCACAGUUGAAGAAGAAAUUGUCAGUAUUAUUUUCAGGUAUUGUUAAUCAAUUACUGCGCCAUGUACCAGUGGAGACGUUUCUUCUACCAUAA